AUGCAAAAUUGUGUCUUUCUUGACGAAGCAGGCUUCGACAUAAACAUGCGUCGUUCGAAAGCUUGGUCACAGCAUGGAAGGCAGAUGAUUAUAGAACUUCUUUCUGCAGGAAGGGUUCCUCAUACAGUCAUGGGUGCGAUUUCAUCAUUUGGUGUUGUAAAUGUAAGUUUGAGAGAACCAGGAAAUGCCAAAAAACGGAAAGCCCUUGGAGAUGCAGCAUUUGGAAAAUUUUAUUCAACAUUCCGGAAAUGUAUUCCCUAA